AUGUCAGGUUUAACGAAGCAAAAGCAGUACGACUGGAAGGAUUCUAAUCUUGCCUUGUUUGGAUCCGAUGAAGAGCGCAGUAUUAAAAAGGAAUCUGCACUAAGUGAACCUGCCUGGGAAAAUGCUGGACAAAAGGUUGGGCUUCAGAUCUGGCGAAUAGUGAAAUUUAAAGUGACUCACGUACCAACAGAAGAUUAUGGAAAAUUUUAUGACGGAGACUCUUACAUCGUGCUUAACACUUAUACGGACGAUGCCAGUGAUAAAUUCUUAUACGAUAUUCAUUUUUGGAUUGGAAAAUACAGCACGCAGGAUGAGUACGGUACAGCUGCCUACAAGACAGUGGAACUAGACACUCUACUUGACGACGUUCCCAUCCAACAUCGUGAAGUUCAAGAUCAUGAGUCUGAACUCUUCCGAUCAUAUUUCAAGACAAUUGAGCUUCUUAGAGGUGGAGCGGAAAGCGGUUUUAGGCAAGUGCGGCCAGUUGAUUACCAGCCCAGACUGCUUCAUUUUCAUGGCGACAGACACGGCGUCAAGGUUAAUGAGGUGGCUCGUAACCCCGAGCUGCUGGACAAAACUGAUGUGUACAUACUUGAUCUCGGGCUGCAGCUGUGGCAAUGGAAUGGUUCCGGCAGCAACAAGGAUGAGCGAUUCAAGGCCCGACAAUACAUGCAAGGAAUUGUGAACGAGAGAGCUGGCAAGCCAAAAGCUGACGUUCUUGAUGAAGGAUCGGAAGAUGAUGAGUUCCUGAGUUUGUUGACAGAAGAAAUGGAAGAGGAGCAAGACUUCUCAUCGACAGACAGUACCAAAGAACUUUACAGGCUAUCUGAUGAAUCUGGAAAUCUCAGCUUCUCACUAGAAAAAACUGGCAGUAUUCAGGAAAGUGACUUUGAUUCUCAGGACGUGUUCAUUUUUGAUGCGAAGUCAGAACUGUUUGUAUGGGUUGGGACAAACACCACCGAAAAUGAACAGAAAAAUGCUCUAGUGUAUGCACAUGAGUACCUGAAGAAAUCUGACCAUCCACUGAUUCCUGUCACUUGUGUCAAGGAAGGGAGAAUUUCCAAAGCAUUUAAUUCUGCAAUUGCUGCAUAA